AUAUACUAGAAAGUUGGUAGUUGACCAUAGUUCAUCUACUUGUCCUCUUCUCCCUUCCGGUUUGUUCUUUGAGGUGGCUGUGUCUUGUUUAGUUUUAGCUGCAAAUUAAUCUUUCUCCAUCUUCCAAAAUGAGAAUCUACAAAGAUAUUUUUACUGGUGAUGAGAUGUUCUCAGAUACAUAUAAGGUCAAACUUAUAGAUGAUGUUUUAUAUGAAGUUUAUGGCAAGUUAGUGACCAGAAAGUCUGGAGAUAUAGAAAUUGCUGGCUUCAAUCCGUCUGCCGAAGAAGCAGAGGAAUGUACAGACGAAGCUGUUGAAUCUGGUGUUGAUAUUGUGUUAAAUCAUCGUCUCCAAGAAACGUUUGCUUUUGGAGAUAAAAAAUCUUAUACUUUGUAUCUUAAAGAUUACAUGAAAAAAUUAGUAGCAAAAUUGGAAGAAAAAUCACCUGAUCAAGUUGAAGUUUUUAAAACAAAUAUGAAUAAAGUUAUGAAAGACAUAUUAGGUCGAUUCAAGGAAUUACAAUUUUUCACCGGUGAAUCAAUGGACAUAGAUGGUCUUGUUGGUUUAAUGGAAUAUCGAGAAAUUGAUGGUGAAUCUGUGCCUGUAAUGAUGUUCUUUAAACAUGGACUUGAUGAAGAAAAAUUCUAAAUAAUUCUUAGAUAUUCAACAAAUUGUGGUAAAAUUUUAUAAACUGGGAUUAAGACUGCACACAAAUUAAGAAAAAAUAAAUGAAUAUAUAUAUAUAUAUAUAAAUAUAUAUAUAUAUAUAUAUAAACUGUGAGAUUUAGUUACAGAUAUGUAUUGAAAGAUAUUACUUCCAAGGGCAAUAAUUUAACAGUGCAGUUGAAUUAUUUCUUCUAUAAUGUAAAAUGUGUAUUCACAGGAAAACCAGUUGUAUAUAAUCUACAACAGGAGUGUAGAUGAGAAAAGUGAAAAUUAAUUUCUAUGAUAAUUUUUUUGAAUAAUUUGUGACAAAUUUAAAAGGAUCUCUUUUUUUAUUAUUUGGUGCUCUGUCCAAUGGUUUUAUAUAUAUAUAUAUAUAUAUAUAUAUAUAUAUAUGUAUUUAUAUAUAUAUAUGUAUUGAUAUAUUAAAAAAAAUAAUAAUAACAAAAAGAAGAAAUAUGGAAGAUGGGGAAAGAGAACUUGCAGCGAUAACAAAAGUCACAGCGCAUAUUAUAAUGCCUAUAAUUAUUGUUAAUAUCAAUAAUAUCUACAAUCGAUAAUUAUUCUUGAACCGUACUCAACAUAAUGUCCAUCAUGAAUAAAUGAGAAAAAGAAUGUUUUCCAUAAUAA